AUGGAAAGUGGGGGUUACCAGGGUACCGUUCUGACCAGCCGCGAUCUGUCGCCAGAUCGCGGCAGGUCAAGAACACCAACUCCAUCUCCCCGCCAGCGCGCAACCACAACCACCACCAUGAACUACAACUACAACGAGAACGCCCAAGGAGGCUCCAAUCCGCGUCAAGCACCCCCAUCUCCAUCGCAGGGUCUAGCGCACACCAAUGGCAUGAACGGUGGAAUGCCUGGUGGUGCAGCCUUCGUUGGAUAUCCUACUCCCGCUGGCCACCAAUCCGAUCUUAAUUAUGUCAUGGCUAUGGUUGAAGAGUUGUCUGGAAUCCUUCGCAUCAACCAACAGCUUACCGCAAGCGUCGUUGACAAGAUGGGCAAGGUUCGUGAGAAGGCAAAGAACAUGGACCUGAGCAACGAUGAGUUGAUUGCUGUUGUCGCACAAGAGAUGAAUGGUAAGUUCACCCCCGAUCUAUCUGUAUUUAUAUACUAACCAUUUCAAUAGAGGAAUCCAAGAACCUUGAGAAGGAAAACUCUGAGCUUCGCAAGGCCCUUGAGAAGAGCGAGUACAACAGGAAGGAGAAUUGGAAGCUUGCCAUUCACGGCGCGGAGAUAUUGGCAGACAUUGCGGAGAAGAUGCAUCGAUACAAGGAGCACCACGAAGCUGAUACCCUUGCCUGGCACAAGAACUAUCGCAAGCAACUCGUCGACGAACGUGAGGAGAAUCUGAACCUUCGCAACCAAAUCAACGAUAUGAAGGCAGCUGCUGCACGAGCCAACGGACAUCUUCGGGACAUGAGACGUUACCUCACCGAUCAUGAUGAAUUGAACGAGCUGAAGAUUCAAGUUCACCAAUACCGCACCGAGAGAAGAUACUGGAAGCGCAUGGCAUUCCCAUUGAUCCCUGAUGAUGACUCUGAGUGGAGCGAUGAUGACGACUUGAUUGAUCCGGAGGAGAAGAAGAGAGAGGCUGCGAAGAAGGAGAAGGAGCAGCGUGAGGCACAGGAGGGAGGAGAUGAACAACUCGCAUAAGUUGCUUGAUGAGGAGUCGCGAGGGGAAUUUGACAUUUGUUUUCAGGCGUUCAAGAUACCCAUUUGCUCAUU